GCUGUACUGCGGCUUGUAAACCGGUUUUAACUUCCACAUGCCGCGUGCAGAUUUGAAGGUUGAACCGUUAACUUAAACGAUUCACCAGUGAGAUAACACUUUCUCGUCUCGUUUGAGCGCCCUGUCAAGAAUCGAUAAAACCCGCAUAUCACGCCAGCUGUGUAUGCGCUGCUAUGUAACAACCGGUCUCAUACGCAUAUCACGUUUCUCAAUCCGUGCUCAUUUUCCAUUCCAUUAAAAAUUCAAUAUUGAUAUAAUCCUAAUAAAUUCUUUGCAAAAAUGACGGGAGACGAAAUCACCCUGUACGCCUGGUACCGCAGCUCCAGUUCGUGGCGCGUGCGUCUCGCCCUAAAUCUAAAGCAGAUCCCCUACAAACUGAUCCCCAUCGACCUGGAGAAAGGCGGCCAGAUCGAUCCCGCGUUCCUGCGCUUGAACCCUAAAGGCCAGGUCCCGGUGCUGCAGAUUGACGGGGAGGUGUUGACCCAGUCCGUGGCCAUUCUGGAGUAUCUGGAGGAGACCCGACCCCAGCACCCCCUUUUACCGAAAGACCCCUACCAGCGGGCGGAGGUGCGCCGUCUCGUGCAGACCAUCACCGCGGGGAUCCAGCCGCACCAGGUCCUGACGGGGCUGUACCUGCCGGAUCACGUCCCGGUGGAGUGGAACUUUGCCCGCUCCCUGGACUGGGCGGGGCACUGGAUUGAGAAGGGGUUCGCGGGGCUGGAGACUAUGCUAGCGCAGACCAGCGGGAAGUACUGUGUGGGGGACGCCGUGACGCUGGCCGACUGCUGUCUGGUGCCGCAGGUGUACAACGCCAAGCUGCGGCAUGUGGAUCUGGAUCCGUAUCCGACGAUUCGGCGGGUGUUUGAGGCGCUGAGCGAGUUGGAGCCGUUUAAGAAGGCCCACCCGUCCGCCCAGCCGGACUGCACAGAGGAAUAUAAAAAAGUAUUCUGAUUUUUGCAUAGUUAUUUAGGUGUUUUGCUCAUGGUCUUGGCUUUUCCCACUUUUUGGCUAACGGUGUGUUCUGUUUUGACGUGCAUGGACUGCAUGGUUGUCUUAUUCGCACUAUUGUGCGGAACGGUUUCUUCCUGACUGUGUGUCAUGAAAAUCAUCCUGUCUAAUCCUUCUGCAUGCUGACUCUUGAUCGAUGCUGACUUACAUGAUUAAUACGUACUAAUUACUAUCUUAAAACUAUCACGUUACCACUUACGUGUUUUCAGUUCUCGGUGAAUUCAACCGCAUGCCUACGUACAUAAAAUACCAUCCUUCUGU